GUGGCUAUGUUGUUUUUCGGUGAUGAAAAUUUUGCUUUUACUCGUUUUUAAAAUAUUCGCACGAUUGCUCGAUACUGUUAACAGGUGCUUUAAUGUGCUUCGCUUUCGCUAUAUUCGAGAAGUAGUCGAAGCAAACGUGGAGGGUACAUUCGAUCAGCAAGUGUGCGACGUCGGAGAAACUAUGGCGAAGCGAAAAACUACUUACGAGUUUCGCCCAUUCGAAGUUUGUGCCAUCGAUUAUCGCAGCGGGAGCGCUAACGAACUGACCGCUGGUAGAAAAUAUCCGAACGCCAGAUCGGGACAUCGGAUCGUUUGUAGCGACUCGGCACUCUAUUGCUUUGGUGGUUUCAACCCGAGGAUGCCAGGUGCGGGCAGAGCUGGUAAUAAUGAAAACACGGAACAAUUAUGCUUGUUUCAAGAGUUGUGGAAGUACGAUAUUAUACGCAAGGAAUGGUCUCUACUAUUGGACGCGAACAACGAUUUGCCGCUAGAAUUGGCAUCAAACGCAAUGCUGCUGUGUGGGGAAACGAUUAUGAUAUUUGGCGGAAGUGGCUUCCCGUUUGGAUUAAAUUGCUCCAACAAGCUGUAUGUUUGCCAACCACGUAAACUACCGAAGGAAAUGCUAGAAAUUGAAGUUAAAGGAGACCCUCCUCCGCCGCAGUAUGGACAGGGAAUAGUAUACACGGAUAACUAUCUGUACACUGUGGGCGGAACUAACGGAUUCGACUACACUUUGGAUGUGCAUAGACUACAUCUUCCAAGUAGGACAUGGGAACGUGCCUACGAGUGCCGUCCUAAUAUUCGUGAAGAUCCAGCGGGCAGGUAUCGCCAUGAGCUGGCGUACAAUGAUUCUAAAAUCUACGUAUUUGGUGGUGGCACCAGUGAAUCCGCCUUCAUUUUAUCCACUAUACCCGUUUACGAUAUCAAGACGAAUCAGUGGGAAUAUGCGGUUACAACGCCGGAUUCAAAGGCAAGAUUGCCAGGAACACCGCCCGCCCGAAAAUGCCAUUCUUGCGUCCAAAUACAAACAGAGCAAGGACUGGAAGUGAUAGUUGCUGGUGGAUACGACGGUAGUGCAUACUUCCGCGACAUAUGGAAGCUUAAUCUAUUGAGUUUGCAGUGGACGCUGAUGAAAAAAUCCCGAUUACCGUACCCACUAUUUUUCCACGAUGCUACGGUGACUACCGAUGGGUGCAUGUACAUAUUCGGAGGCAUAAAGUUUAACAACAACACGGACGUUCGCACACACUCACUAUACAAAAUGUGGACCACCAUUCCAAGGCUAAGUGCCAUCGCGUGGGAUGCAUUGCUGUAUUACAUUCCCACCCUACAUAGCAGAACAAAGGAGCAACUUUUAGAGCUAGGUAUUCCUCGUCAAUUCGUCAACAGGAUCCACGAUUAAUAUUGCAUAUUAGCACUGUGGCUGCAACUUACCAGCAGCUCACAAAAAGAAGCUUCUAAUUUGGAUGUGGUGUGAGGCAGUCCAAAUGUAAUGAUUCUAUUCAAAUCAAUGACCGUCGUAAAGGGCAAGGAUGCCCGUAAAUGCUUGUUAAAUCCGUUGUUUUAUAAUGCAUUGCAUCGUGCAAAAGCGAUGCACUUUUUCUUUCAUGGUUUUUAUUGCAUACCACACUAUUUAAAUUGAAUAAAAUUUUAAUGGUUUAAAAAAAC